UCUCUCUCAAAGAACAUAUAAAACACACUAUAUAUAUAGAUAGUGGCAUCAGAAAGUACAGAAAAAACAGAGAAAGCUAAACAAAAGUAAUAGCGAGGAAACAAAAGAUGGAUUUCAUCAGAAAGAAGAUAUGUCUGUCUGUCUUCUUGUUUUUCCAUGUCUGCUUUAUUACAGCUGAUGCUGCCCUUAAUGUUUCCACCAUCCCUUUUAGCGAUGGCUUCAGCCAUCUCUUUGGUGAAGGGAACAUUCUUCAUGCAACUGAUGAUAAGAGCCUUCAACUUCAUCUCAACCAACGCACUGGUUCAGGGUUCAAGUCUUCUGACCUCUACAACCAUGGUUUCUUCAGUGCUAAGAUAAAAUUGCCAUCAGAUUAUACUGCAGGGAUCGUUGUUGCCUUCUAUGUAUGCAUCUCUACUGUUGUUUUUUUUUUUUUCCAAAUAUUAUCAUGUUAUAUGGUAGCUUUAAUACGAUUGCUAUAUACUCAUUUAUUUGUUUGCUUGUUUGUUUUUUGCCAGACGACGAAUGGUGAUUUAUUUACAAAAACACACGAUGAACUGGAUUUUGAGUUUCUGGGAAAUAUAAGAGGAAAAGCAUGGAGAUUUCAGACAAAUAUGUAUGGAAAUGGAAGCACAAGUAGAGGAAGAGAAGAACGAUAUUAUCUUUGGUUUGACCCUUCUAAAGAAUUUCAUCGUUACAGUAUCCUGUGGACCAGCAAAAACAUCAUAUUUUAUAUAGAUGAUGUUCCAAUCAGAGAAAUUGUACGUAAUGAUGCAAUGGGAGGAGACUACCCAUCAAAACCAAUGGGAUUAUAUGCAACAAUAUGGGAUGCUUCAGAUUGGGCUACUUCAGGAGGCAAAUAUAAAACAAAUUACAAAUAUGCACCAUUUAUAGCUGAAUUUACUGAUUUAGUACUAAAUGGAUGUGCAAUGGAUCCAUUGGAACAAGUAGUAAACAACCCUAGUUGUGAUGAGAAAGAUGAUGAACUUCAAAAGGCAGAAUUUUCAAGGAUUACACCAAGACAAAGAAUGGCCAUGAAAAGAUUUAGGUCAAAAUAUAUGUAUUAUUCUUAUUGUUACGAUUCUUUGAGGUAUUCAGUGCCACCACCAGAAUGCGAGAUAGAUCCAGUUGAACAACAACAUUUCAAAGAGACGGGGAGAUUGAAGUUUAACAAGCACGGCCACCAUCGUCAUUCAAAGAGAACAAGAAGUCAAGUUCUUGAUGCUAGGAACCAUGGAAAUCAAGAUGAAGAGUGAUUUUUGUUUACCAUUGUUGUGUGUAGAUAUAUAAAAGGAGGGAAAAAGUGAUUGUUUUUUUGUUUUUUUUGCUAGAGUGGAGGGUGGAAAAAUGAUGAUAAAAUUAUUUUAGUAUGACACUGAUUGAGUUAUGUUGUAUAUAAAUAAAAGGGGUUAUUACUCAUUUAUAAUAGAAGAUCUUUUGUGAUAUGAAA